ACCUUCCUCUCCACCUGCUUCACUGACCUACUCCAUCCCCAACCCAACACCAGAACCAUGAGCUGCUGUGGCUGUUCCGGAGGCUGUGGCUCCAGCUGUGGGGGCUGUGGCUCCUGUGGCUCCUGCUGCUGCAAGCCUGUGUGCUGCUGCAAGCCUGUGUGCUGCUGUGUGCCCACCUGCUCCUGCUCCAGCUGUGGGGGCUGCAAGGGAGGCUGUGGCUCCUGUGGAGGCUGCAAGGGAGGCUGUGGCUCCUGUGGCUCCUGUGGGGGCUGCAAGGGAGGCUGUGGCUCCUGUGGGGGCUGCAAGGGAGGCUGUGGCUCCUGUGGCUCCUGUGGGGGCUGCAAGGGAGGCUGUGGCUCCUGUGGGGGCUGCAAGGGAGGCUGUGGCUCCUGUGGCUCCUGUGGGGGCUGCAAGGGAGGCUGUGGCUCCUGUGGGGGCUGCAAGGGAGGCUGUAGCUCCUGUGGAGGCUGCAAGUCCUGCUGCUGCCAGUCCAGCUGCUGUAAGCCCUGCUGCUCUUCAGGCUGUGGGUCUUCUUGCUGUCAAUCCAGCUGCUGCAAGCCCUGCUGCUGUCAGUCCAGCUGCUGUAAGCCCUGCUGCUGUCAGUCCAGCUGCUGCAAGCCCUGCUGCUGUCAGUCCAGCUGCUGUAAACCCUGCUGCUGUGAGUGUAGCUGCUGCAAACCCUGCUGCUGUGAGUCCAGCUGCUGCAAACCCUGCUGCUGUGAGUCCAGCUGCUGUAAGCCCUGCUGCUGUCAGUCCAGCUGCUGCAAGCCCUGCUGUUGUCAAUCCAGCUGCUGUGCCCCUGUGUGCUGCCAGUGCAAGAUCUGA